AUGAAUAUUUUGUGGCAACCCAUCUGCAUUUAUGUUCCGGCCUUGACUCUAAAUCAAGUUUCUGGAAUAAGUGUGAACAAGAUAGUACCCCUAACCAGUUUUAUCUGUAUUUUGUACACCAGUGUGGGAGGAAUUAAGGGCGUUGUUUGGACGGAUGUCAUUCAAGGCAUUGUAAUGGUUGGAUCCAUGAUCAUUGUAAUCAUAAAAGGAACUUUGGACUUGGGUGGCUUGAGCGUUGUUUUAGAGCACAAUCGUCAGUACGAUCGUUUAGUGGGCCCAGACAUGACUUUUGAUCCCACUGCGAGAAUGGGUGUGUUUGCUUUAUUCGUUGGUGGUGCCUUGUUCAAAUUGCAAGCUAAUGGCAUUAAUCAGGCCAUAGUUCAACGUUAUCUUACUUUGCCCAAUAACAAAGAUGUUAAGAAGGCUUUGAUCCUAUCCCUAAUUGGCUUUAUGAUGGUCAUGCUGAUGUGCGUUUAUAUUGGAAUGCUGGCUUUUGCUGAGUUCUAUCAUUGCGAUCCCAUUACAACGGGGUUAGCUCGUGCCAAGGAUCAAGUUAUCCCUCUGUAUGUGGUUAAGAAUGUGGGUCAUAUUCCCGGAUUGGUUGGUCUAUUUGUGGCUGGAGUUUUCAGUGCCGCCCUAAGUUCCCUUUCGACGGCACUGAAUGCCCUUUCCGGUGUGAUUCUCACGGACUUUGUGGAACCCUAUAGGAAAAAGCCCCUAACCGAACGACAAACAGCCUAUUUGUUGAGGGGCGUGGUUAUCUGCUUUGGCCUGAUCUCGAUGGCCAGUGUUCCAAUUGUCCAAAGACUUGGACUAGUUAUGCAGCUAUCCUCCACAGUGGCGGCAAUAACUUGUGGUCCUCUCCUGGGAGCCUUCAGUGUGGGCAUGCUACUGCCCUUUGUUAAAACAGAGAGCCUUCUCACGGGCAUCUCGUGUGCCUCCAGUUUUACAGCCUACAUUGUGGUUCGAGCUCAGAUUGCCAUUUUCACAGGAGCACUGACCUUCCCAGCAAAACCCGUUUCCGUGGAGGAUUGUGACUAUACCUUUGAUCUCCCAGAUAAUUGGAAUGCCACCACCACGGCAACACCGAUGGAGUCCUCUAGUCAUGGCAUACAUGAGAUCUCGUUUUUGUGGUACACCGCCGUAGGUUCGGUGGGUACUGUACUCGGAUCUCUGUUGGCCACUCUCUACUUUGGUCGCCAAGAUCCCCGAGUGGUCGACCCCGAACUCAUUAGUCCAGUGCUAAGAAAAUUCUGGUAUGGCAAAUACAAGAGUGUGGCCAGUGAUAGUGAUGAAAAAUCCGAAUUUACACUCCACGAAUCGGAAACGCAGCCAAAGCUCGAGCAAUCCGAAAAGUCAUAG